AUGAAGCGCCUGAGCAACCGUGCUGAGACUCACCUGACCGGCCAGACGGAGUGUGAGAUGGAGAGCAUGGGCAGCAGUGGCUGGGUGAACCCGGCCUACACAGACUCCCCUUUGCAAUUCCCCCGAGCUGUGAACACCAUCUACGACCCACAGCCGGUCUUCCAGAACACCAAGGACAGCGGGUACAAAUUGGACAAGCCAAGUUCCUUCAUUGAGGAACCGCUUGCUCCUGACCACAUCCAUGUGAAGAAAAGUCGAGGAUGCUGCUCUUUCAUCAAAGGCUUGUGGGGCACAACUUUGACGGAAAACACCUCCAACAACAAAGAGUUGUUUCUUCGAACUACACUGCGAGAGUUGGUGGUCUACCUGGUGUUUCUGCUGGACAUUUGUCUGCUGACGUACGGAAUGACCAGCUCCAGCACCUACUAUUACACCAAAGCAAUGACCGACCUGUUCGUCAAUACGGCCGGCGAAAGUGGGGUUAAGUUUCAAUCCAUCAACAGCAUGGCUGACUUUUGGACUUUUGCAAAGGAACCACUACUAGAUGGACUCUACUGGACCAGAUGGUACAAUAACCAAUCCAUGCACAACGGAGACCAGUCCUUCAUCUACUACGAGAACAUGCUGCUGGGAGUGCCGCGGAUGAGGCAGAUCAAGAUCAAGAACAACUCCUGCCACGUCCACGCUGACUUCCGAGAUGAAAUCAGCGGGUGUUAUGACGUCUACAACGACAGAAAAGAGGAUGAUCUGCAAUUCGGCCUCAUUAAUGGCACAGCUUGGACUUAUCACACUGAGAAGGAAAUCAAGGGCUCAUCUCACUGGGGCUUGCUGACCACUUACAGCGGUGCAGGCUACUACCAGGACUUGGGCCGCACCAAAGAGGAGAGUGUUGCCAUGCUGGCAGCACUUGUGGACAACCUUUGGCUAGACCGCGGAACUAGAGCCGUCUUUGUCGACUUCUCCACCUACAAUGCAAACAUCAACAUGUUCUGUGUCAUCAGGUUGGUGGUUGAAUUCCCAGCAACAGGUGGAGCAAUCUCCUCCUACCAGAUACGGACAGUAAAACUCAUCCGCUACAUCACCCACUGGGAUUACUUCAUCCUCGCCUGUGAGGUGAUCUUCUGCAUAUUCAUCCUCUACUAUAUUGUGGAGGAGAUCCUGGAGUUGAGAAUACACAAGUGCUCCUACUUUUCAAGCAUCUGGAACAUUCUGGACAUUUUGAUCAUACUGCUUGCUAUUGUUGCCAUCAUAUUCCACAUUUUCCGCACCGUCAAGGUUGACAAUUUGCUCGGUACACUCCUCGAACAACCUGAAAUCUAUGCAGAUUUUGAAUUCCUGGCCUUCUGGCAGACACAAUACAACAACAUGAAUGCAGUGAACUUGUUCUUCGCAUGGAUCAAGGUUUUCAAGUACAUCAGUUUCAACAAGACCAUGACUCAGCUGUCGUCAACGCUUGGCCGCUGUGCGAAAGACAUUUUGGGAUUCGCUGUCAUGUUCUUCAUCGUGUUCUUUGCGUACGCUCAGCUGGGAUAUUUGAUCUUUGGGACAGAGGUGGAGACAUUCAGCACCUUUGUCAAGUGCAUCUUCACGCAGUUCAGAAUUAUUCUUGGGGACUUUGAUUAUGACGCAAUUGACCGUGCCAACAGAGUACUUGGACCGAUCUACUUUGUCUCAUACGUGUUUGUUGUCUUCUUUAUCUUGUUGAACAUGUUUCUGGCCAUUAUAAAUGACACAUACUCCGAAGUGAAGGAAGAGCUCUCGUCCCAGAAAGAUGAACUUCACUUCACUGACCUCAUCAAACAGAGCUACAUGAAGACCUUCAUGAAGUUGAAACAUAAAAAUGACAAAAUAUCAGACGUUCAAAAUGCUCUACAUUCCGGAUCAGGCGAAAUUGAAUUCAAGGAUUUCAGAAGAACACUGAAAAGGAUGGGACACGAUGACCAUGAAAUCACAGCAGCGUUCUCUCAGUUCGACCGCGAUGGAAACCAAAUCCUGGACGAAGAAGAACAAAGAAAAAUGAAAACGCAGUUGGAGGAAAAGAGGGAUGCGCUGUCGGCAGAACUCAACAGUCUCGAGAAGAAGUACGAGAAGGAUUUACAGGAAACCGCCUCGAGUGACAAGAAUCAACCGUUAGCGGACCGUGAACACCUUUUGAGACUGAGCAGGCAGGUCAUCCAACUUGAAAACUGCGUGGCUGUCAUCAAUUCCAGAGUUGACUUGAUCAUGGACAAGCUGGGUUUAACUGACCCACCCGAGGGACACCAGCCCGCUACUGACCCAACUGCCUCAGGCGGAAGUGUGCUGGUGCCCAUGGAUCCGUGGUCGAAAGAUGAGAAGAACUCAAGAACGGCAGGUCGCAUCUACCCGGUGUUCAACAGUCAGAUGUGACCCAAACCGAAUUGGUCACAAACUCACUUUAACUGAUGCUAUCAUCUGGGGUCUUUUUUCUGCAAAUAUAUCCAACAAAUUAUUUAUUUUUAAGCGAUAAAUGUAGAUAUUGUACAAACAGUUGCUCAAUAGACUCACUGUUUAGGUGAACAUGCAUCUAUUGGUGUUAGAUGAGUAUUUGAGCCGCAAAUUAAACGUAGACAUAAAGCAGAUCUUUGUUAUAGAGCGCAUGAUAAUGAUCAAAUUUAAUUG